AGUUACUAUAAGAAGACCCAAUCACGUCCUCCCUUAUGCUGACGUUGACCUGAGGCCCGACAUGAAUGUUUUCCGACGCAAAAUGGCUACAUUAGCGAGUGUCAAGCAAGCUCGAAAGGUUGUUUGCAUUGGUAGAAACUAUGCCGACCACAUUGCAGAGCUGAACAGUGCAAGGCCCAAGCAGCCCUUCUUUUUCUUGAAGCCUUCAACGUCAAUCUUGCUGCCCGGCGAGGGUCCCGUCAUCCGCCCACGUGGUGUCGACCUUCACUAUGAAGUCGAGCUUGCUCUGAUCAUGGGCAAGGAGGUCAAGGAUCUGGAGGCUGACGACGAGAAGGCCGCUUUUGAUGCCAUUGACAGUUACGCUCUCGGCAUCGAUAUGACAGCACGGAAUGCUCAGUGGGAGGCCAAGAAGAAGGGUCUUCCCUGGUCCAUCUCGAAGGGAUUCGACACUUUCCUGCCGUUGAGCAACAUUAUCCCCAAGUCGGCCCUCCCCAACCCUCACAAGAUUGACCUGUACCUCAGCGUCAACGACAAGGUCCAGCAGAGCGACAACACGGAGCUCAUGCUCUUCCAGAUCCCCCGAAUCAUUAGCGAUAUUUCCAAGGUUUUCACUCUGGAGAAGGGCGACAUCAUUUUGACCGGCACGCCCAAGGGUGUUGGCCCGGUUGUGCCAGGGGAUGUGAUGAAGUGUGGUAUCAAGGUGGACGGCAAGGAAAUCGAAGAGGCCAAGAUUGAGGUUGCAGUCGAGGAGUCGAAGAGCACUUAUGUGUUUGCUGAGACGUAAGGUAUGACAAAAAUGGUCGAAUCAUGAAAUCAAUACAUUUACUUCAUAAUUGAUACUACUGCAGCUUAGUGAGGACGCAUGACUGCAGCCACCCGUUCUAGUUGAAGCUGAUAGGUCUACACUAAACCAUACGCUCUGAUAAUUAUACUAACUGGAGGCCCCUUCUCAAUAAUCCCAGCCACAUUUCUACCCUAAUAGGUGGACAGCCUUGGCCCGGGGGCCAUCCCUUGAUUCGCUGCGGGUUUGUGGGUGUUGUAAGACAUCUUGGCAAGACUACUUCACAAUGUGUUCGACGUGGCAAAUUAAACAUUACGAUAGUUCCGUUCCCU